AGCUCUCUCCUGACAGACAAAAAUGAUGCAAUCCUCAAAGCGGUUUUUUCAGCGUCCUCCUUUUCGUCGACUGCAGAUGAUGGGACGGAAAGGAGGGAGACUAGUAGCUCUAGCAGCAGUAGUAGAAGGAGACCUCUACGAGGACUACGAACGCCGGCAGUGGCGGACGAGGUUCAGUCCAGCUCGAUCGGUAAAAAUCGUGGAGUUAAAAUCGAGGCCUCGCGGGUGCCGUCUAUCCGCUCCGAGCCACCACGGACCGGGGGUUUUUUAUCCAUCUGCGACACGUCCACCAUCGUUCCGUACGGAUGUAGUGGAGCAAAGACGUACUUCACGCCGACCAGCGGACAACUAGGUAGCACUACUAGCAGCGGAUUUGGACCACUAUGUGGUUUCAAUGAUAUACUUCAAACUUCCUAUUUCGACUACUGGCAGAUACAGCAGCGGCGAGCAACGGAAUUGCUGAGGGACGCGUGCGCCGUUUAUUUGAAGCCUUGGGUAGAUAGGAUUUGCGAAGGUGCGGAAACUCGAGUGGAUAAACAAGUAGAAGUGGGAAAUUCUUCUGCAUCGUCAUCACCAUCUUCUUCUAUUCUGUCAAACAAAGUAGAAGUUCAAGUUUUUUCAGCAUGGUUUGAAAAGUGGACCUCCCAACGCCUUCCUGAGAACCUUAAGCUUCGACUUCAAGACUUCUUCACCAAGUCACAAGUAGCCUAUUCGCACAUCUUCACCUACUGGGAAGAGGUUAGGUCGUUAUUCACUACAAAAGCUUUGGAGUAUCCGAACGCGAUCCACGCACUAGGCUUCUGUUUACUUGGGUGCUCUGGUCUCUGGCUCUACAUGGCUAGGCGGAGACUGAGAGACGCAGAGGCUCUAGCAUGUGAGGAACUACCAUUUACGCCAUUGGAAAACUUACCAGCGAUACUGUCAUCUUCGCAGUCGUCAUCUUCUAGUGGUCGACUCAUCCCAGAACAAGAGAUUGCAAGCAAGAGGCAUGCUGGGCACUGUGCAGAAGAUCCAUCAGAACUGCCAACCUCUAGUCCGAGUCGGAUGUUAGUCAAAGUGCGUGGCAAAUUACUGCCAGAAGAAGAAUUACGUGGACCUCUAACCGGAGCGCCUUGCGUCCUCUACGAUGCGCAUUCCGUGUUCUACCCUUGGUUUCUAGGUCGCGAGCGUCGCUGCCUAGAACUCUGCGAGUUGGUUCCUAGAGAUAGUGAUGCAGCUCGUGCUGGGUCGUCAACGACGUCGUCUUGUGGUCUUACGACUGGCAGAGUGUUCGUCUCUGGCUUACUUUUACGUGGUCGCUACAGUAUUUUUCGAUUGGAAGACGCAAAGCCUCUAGUCGGACUCGUCCAGAACUACCAGUCUUCAACAACAGCAACUACAUCGAGCAGAAGCCACGACAUCUUCAACUACAAACCACCAUCAGUACUAGAGCAAAUCCUUCGUCGCUGCACCCCACUGUGGUUCUGGGACACCGCGAGAACGAGAUUUUUGACAACAUUGCCUUUCAGUUUGGGGCUCAAAAGAGAGAGGAUACUACGGAGCGAAGAGGAGGUGGUGAUAAUGGCGGAAGCGAGUCUAGAGAGGAUUCCAUUGCCGGCAGAUGAUAACGAGAUGGAGAGGUGGGCUAGUUCACCCUCUAGUACAUCUUUCAACAGCUGCGUUAGGAGUAGACCUCUGCAACAUGGAGGUAGUAAUUCGCAACCACGUGCAUUCGCAACGUGUGUAGUCCUUCGGCCACCACAAGGCAUGCUCCGUUCUGGGAGUACGAUGGAUGAUACCAAGGGUAGUGCGCAGCUAAUGCUCUCCGGUUCAUCAGCACGCAGAGACAAAAGCUCCUCGUCAUCUUCAUGUAAUACUAGAGCUGCUGGAGAUGAUACAGCUAGCACUUCUCAGGAGCAUAACAAGCGUUUGCGGAUAGUGGCGCGAAACUUGCGAACAUCACUGUUAGCAUCUUGGGUGUGCAUCCUGAUUCCAACGUGCCUUCUAGACGUAGCGAAAGGUCUUGUUUCGAGUCUUGUAUGCCUCUACGCCGCAUCGUCUAUUUCGUCCUUCUUGAAACGGCAGGAGAGUCUUGGCCAUGAUACGGAAGUAGAAGAGCAGCAUCAAUCUUGUUCUGAGAGCAAAAAUAAGAAUAGUGGUUUCUUUGGAGCUGGAGGUCUAUUGAACUUUUGGCAGCGAAGUCAACCUCAGCCAUCUUCCCUCCAUUCAUCAUCCUCUCCCCGUGAGAACAACGAGGAAGACGACAUCACGCGAUGGUUGAAGGCUCGUGCUGUGACCUUUUUUAUGUCAAAUUUCGACGCUGAUGAGCUUUGCCAAGUCUGGAGACGGAGAGGCAGAUCCUAUGUCGCAUUAGGCGGUGUUUUCUACCUCAGUGGGUUCGGCUUGUUGGCAGCAAGGCAUUUGGCGCUGCAUGGUAGGAGAGCGGCAUCGGACGUGCUGAAAUGGGUUUUGGCGCAGGCGAUUGGAGGGUCAUUUUUACUAGCUUGGCUGCGCGAAGAGGAAUUGAGAAGAAAGGAACACAAAUUCUCCUUGUUUAGAGCGGCAUUUGGGAACAACACGACUCGGAACAGUCAACUGCCUGUCAUCUAUGAUCCUUCGCAGCCUCUGAAAAAUUCUACAGUUCCACCAGAUAGUUUCGGUCGUAGUAUAGCGACUGCGACGCCAUCGCCAACAACGACCUCACCCUGGAAUGUAGCUCCUUUUGACGAUCAUCUAAACCAAUCCCGAGGUGCGACUGGGGCCACGACUAAAGCAGGCCUAAAGUUUGUUAGCAGCGUUCCUCCAGGUGGGGCAGGAGCUUCGACUACAACAACUUCUUCGACUGGUGGUACAGGACCGAAUGCGCAUUCUAAUCAAGUGUUCUCCUCGUCCCACGACCACGCCCCUACACGCGACACCGAUUUCCUAAGUGCCUAUAGUGGUAGCGCUCGUGGGAGUUUGAGCGGUACGAGUUCCUUUUUCGAUGACGCCGCUUCGAGUUCGGGACGGACGCGAUUGAGUUGGUGUACCGUAAACUCAGACGGUGAGCCAGAUGUGCUUGGAGGGAACGGGUCGGGUGCAAAUUCUUCGUCCAACAUUGCUGCUGCCCUAAUGCAAGAUUCCUCCCAAGAUGACGACAUCGACAUGGGUAAUGCUGGUGACCGCGCAAGUAACCUCACUAGAAGCAAGAAUCAUGUUCCCAAAGUUGCUGUGCCCGCUUUCCAACACUUCAAUUGACACCUUGGUAUCACGCCCAAAAACCUUGCCCACUUAUACAUUCAUGCGCAUUUUCCUGUUUCAUUGCUAAGUUGUAAGUAAGUACUUGUUCUUAUUCUUUAAUCACAUAGAAGAAGUUUCGAUCGACGCAAAAGAACCUGAAAGAAAGAAACUUUAGCUUUGACGAACAGGACGAGUUCUU